GUAUUCUAACCUAAAUUUAUAAACAAAUGGAAUCAAAUAAUGUAAAAUAAUUAUUUUAAUACAAGAUGCAAGUCUCAGAUCCCAAUAACGUUAAAAUAUAUAAUUUAAGUGCUGGGAAGUCACUACCGGAGUGGUUAUCUGAAAGAAAAAGGAGGGCUUUAUUAAAGAAAAAUGUUGAUAUUAGAAGACGUAUUGAACUUAUUCAAGAUUUUGAUAUGCCAGGACUUAGUUCAGCAGUACGAGUAUCUAAAGAUGGACAGUAUAUAUUAGCGACUGGUAUAUAUAAACCGAGAAUAAAAUGUUUUGAUGUGAAUAAUUUAUCCUUAAAAUUUGAAAGAUGUUUUGAUUCAGAAGCUGUUACUUUCCAAAUUCUUAGCGAUGACUAUAGCAAGUUAAUAUUUCUCCAGUGCGAUAGGUAUAUAGAAUUCCAUGCUGCUUAUGGUCGUUAUUACAGAUUACGAAUACCCAAGUUUGGAAGAGAUUUACAGUAUGAUUUUCCCAGUUGUGAUGUAUUUGUUGUUGGUGCUUCUUCAGACAUUUAUAGAUUAAAUUUGGAAAGGGGACAGUUCAUGACACCAUACACAAGUACUGCAUCAUCCAUUAAUAAAUGCACCAUUAAUCCUGCACAUCAUCUGCUUCUUUGUGGUACUCAGGAGGGAAGAGUGGAAGCUUGGGAUCAGAGGACUAAAACUAUGGUUGGCAGUUUGGAUUGUGCUCUUACCUGUCUUAGCGAAAAUAAAGACAUGGAAGGAUUUCCGUCAGUAACAGCGUUAAAAUUCAAUGGAGGAUUACAAUUAGGAGUAGGAACAGCAACAGGACAGAUAUUAUUAUAUGACAUUAGAUCUAAUAGACCAUUUUAUGUAAAAGAUCACAUGAAUGAUUUGCCUAUAAAAGAUGUAGAAUUCCAUUAUCAACAAGAUUUGGUGUUAUCUAUGGACAGCUCAGUUCUAAAAAUCUGGGAUAAAAAUAAUGGCAAAUUAUACACUUCAAUAGACGCUUCUUCUGAAUUUAACAACCUUUGUACAGUACCAAAUACAGGUUUGUUCUUCCUAGCUAACGAAAAUCCAAAAAUUCAAACUUACUAUAUUCCUAGUAUGGGUCCAGCUCCAAAAUGGGCCAGCUUUUUGGAUUCCCUAACGGAAGAAUUAGAAGAAAACAGUGCAGAAAAUGUAUAUGACGAUUACAAAUUCAUCACGAAAGCUGAAUUAGAAAAUUUGGGAUUGGAUCAUCUCAUUGGAACAAAUUUGUUAAGAGCUUACAUGCAUGGAUACUUUAUGGAUAUUCGACUUUACAAGAAGGCACGGUCGGUAGCAAAUCCAUUUGAAUUCGAAGAGUACAGAAAGAAGAAGAUUAGAGAAACGAUAGAAAAAGAUAGAGAAAACAGGGUACAAGUUAACAAACUUCCUAAAGUUAACAAAGACUUGGCCCUUAAACUCAUGAAUGACGAGCAAAACAGCAAGAAAAAUAAAACUACAGCAGCCAAUUUGCUUGCCGAUAAUAGAUUUAAAGCCUUGUUUGAUAACCCAGAUUUUGAAGUUGAUAAAAAUACUGAUGAAUAUCGGUUACUGAAUCCAGUAUUAUCUAGGUUAGAAACUGCAAAGGCCAAGAAAUUAAAACAAAAACUGGUGACACAAGAAUUUGAACCAGUAGAGGAGGAAAUGGAAGGCAAGAAUAGUUCAGAGGAAUCGGAAGACGAAUCUGAACAGGAGGAAAGUUCCGAUGACGAACAUACUUGGACCAAAGACCUCAAGAAACAACACAAACUUAUACAGAGGGAACAUAAGCAGAAAGAGUUACGCGACCGCGAGGAAGAAGAUAAAUUAAUCGAGGAAGAAUUGAAGAAGCAGCCGAAAUUGUACGAAUUGCGACAAGGAGAAGAGUUUAAAGGACUGAAUGGUCUCAAGAAGAAAAUUAAUAAGGCUACACUGAGUGAAAGAUUGCAAUCAGAAGAUACGUCGGUAAGAUUCUUGGGCUCUGUAGGCAAUCGAGAGAUGACAUUCUCUACCCGUAAAAAGAGGAAUAUGUCCUUAGAGGAGAAAAAUAAAAAACACAGGGAAGAAAGGAAACGUCUUGUAAGGCCUGCUCAUGGUAUUAAGUCUAAGUUCAAAUCAAAAUUCUUUGGAGGAAGGCGUAGAUAGUUUUAAUAAUGAUAAUAAUGUAAAAUUGUUAUAUUUCGUUAUGUAAUUAUUUACACUGUUUGUAAUAAAUAAAAGUGAGAUUGUG